UGUUAUCGUGUGUAACUAUGUCAUCAACUUUUCGCUAUGGCAACAUUAUUGACAGGUGUUGUGUCAGUGUUUGUUGUUGGAAUCUGAAUGUUUGAAAAUAUUUUCUUUGCUCUAACCAGCGUCGAGGUGGAUCGAGGAAAUUGACCGAAAAGGUAUUCCACAUUUCUUUGCGAAAGUGCGUAUUUUUGGCGGUAUGGUGACAGUUUUUGAGUUUAACGUAUCGCGAAGACUUCGAGGAUUCUAGUUCAACAUAAGAGUCAGCAAAAACCGAAUGAAAAUGGAACAGUUCUUCACGAACAAUGGCGAAGACGAUUGGUUGUAUGAGUAUGUAUGACGGGAAAAAGUCUCCCAAAACCAUACAUCAGCGAGAGGCGAAGAAAUCAUUCCCAAGAUGGAACGAGGGCAGCGAUUCGAUACGAUACGGAAUACGAUACAGAUUUGGAAACAACGAUAGAAAACGAAGAGCAAUCUUCGUGCAGAAAGAUUUACAUUCAUGUUUGUCGAGAGCUCAAAGUUGUUCCAUGUCAGUCGUUUCUCAGGCAACUCGAUAACGAAGAAGUGAACAUAAGCCAUUACCAAAUUGGUCCCGUGGGCUGCGAAGCUCUUGCACGAGCCUUAAUGAAGAAUAUGAACGUUUUCACUCUAAAUUUAUCCGAUAACGCCAUAGGCGGACAGGGAGCUGUUUAUAUUUCGAAACUGCUCACCGAAAAUCGCUGCAUAUCCCGCCUGGACGUUUCCAACAACGGACUUAAGACGCAAGGGGCUUAUGCCGUGUCUGAAAUGAUGAAAGAAAAUACUCAUCUUUCGGAACUUAAUGCAUCCACUAAUAACUUUAUAGGAAAGGAUGUCGAACCUUUCGUGGAAGCACUGCGUGAAAACUUCACGCUGAAGAUUCUUAAUUUAAGUGGAAACAGUUUCGAUGCACUCUCCGGAAAGUUAAUUGGGCUUGCAAUCCGUGAAAACGUUGGCUUGGAAGUACUUAAUUUAAGCUGGAAUAACAUCCGCGGUCACGGAGCUACAGCCAUAGGCGAUGCACUUCGAGUAAAUUACUCGUUGAAGAUUCUAGAUUUGUCUUGGAAUGGACUUGCAGAUGACGGGACAGCGGCUCUUUCCAAAGCGUUAAUGGUAAACGAUGUUUUAGAGGUGCUAGAUUUAAGCAGUAAUAGGCUUACGGCCCGUGGGCGCGAUUUAGCAAAGGCCUUAUCGGUGAACGCAAGCCUUAAGGUUUUGAAAGUUGCACAAAAUUCGUUCAGUUGGAAUUCAGCAUUGGAAAUUGUGAAGGCCGCAGUCGACAAUGCGGAUAGUCGUGCCCGAGCAUUUUAUUUUGGUGAUAUGCCAGUGAGUGAGAAAUUUAAGAAUGAGCUUGAUGAGAUAAUGUUGAGAUAUCCUGACUUAACGGUUCAAUACGGCACCAUAAUGAGAGGCAAAGAAAGAAAGAAGAAAAGAAACGGGAUCUUCUCAAUCUUCUUUUGGAAUACAUCGAGAUGCGCGCAUGCUCGACAUGUUUAAGCUGCUGGACAGGGACAAUGACAGUCUCGUGACACAAGAAGACUUCGUGCUUGGCCUCAAGCGCACUGGACUUCCGAUGACGAGGG